CACUACGAUAUCAGAUUUUCUUUUCCUUUUCUUUUUCUUUUUUCUCCCUCGAAAACUGCCUUGCACGAAACAAAACUCUGCUUCUUUAGUGCACGCCCUUCUGCUUCACUGGUCAAUUCCCUUGAGCCAAGCAAUUUGUCACAGUCUCUCUCUCUCUCUCUCUCCCCUUCAUUUCUUUUUCCUGUUUUCAUUUACUCUUUCUCUCUCUUGAAGGCAAUGGAUAACAUGGCUGGAAAAGAGAAGCUGGUGGUGGAGGUGGUGGCCGCGCAUAACUUAAUGCCUAAAGAUGGUGAAGGGUCUUCUUCACCAUUUGUAGAAGUCGAGUUUGAGAAUCAAAGAUUAAGAACUCAGGUCAAGUAUAAAGACUUGAACCCUAUUUGGAACGAGAAGCUUGUGUUUAACAUAAAUGAAGUUGCGGAUCUUCCUUAUAGAACAAUUGAUGUUAAUGUAUUUAAUGAAAAAAGAUCGAGUAAUAGUAGAAACUUUCUGGGUAAAGUUAGAAUCUCUGGUUCAAGUAUUGCUAAAGAGGGUGAAGAAAUGGUGCAGUUGCAUACUCUUGAUAAAAGAAGUCUUUUUUCUCAUAUCAAAGGAGAGAUAAGUUUGAAACUUUAUGUUUCUGGUAAAGAAGAGGUUAAACAAGUAAUGAGUUUUGGUGAUGGAGCUGUUGUUUCUGGUUCUAAGUCAAAGAAGAACAAGAAGUUGCAGCAGCAGCAGCAGCAGCAGAGUCAAGUCAUAGUACAGCAACAGCAGUGGCUAACACAAGAGACUAACAACAACAAGAAGCAAACACAACAACAAACCCAAAACACUUUAAAGCCAGUAGAGCCAAACCCCGGUGAGAUAAAACCUGUCGUUAUCACUACUGGUCCUGGUCCUGCUGUUUCUGCCUCCGUUGGUGCCGGAGGUAGUCAUAGUGUUGGCGGCGGCGGCGGCGGCGGAGGCGGGGUGGUGGGUUUUUAUGGAAAUGGGUCUAGUGAGUUUUCUCUUAAAGAGACAAGACCACAUCUUGGGGGUGGGCCCUUAAACAAAGAUAAGUCUAGUGCGACGUAUGAUCUUGUUGAGCAAAUGCAGUAUCUUUAUAUUAGAGUUGUAAAGGCCAAAGAUGUCAACUUGUUUGCUGGUGGUGGUGAAAUGGUAGCUGAAGUGAAGUUAGGGAAUUAUAGAGGGAUUACAAAAAGAGUAGGUUUAAGCAACAUGGACUGGGACCAAGUUUUUGCGUUUUCUAAAGAAUGCAUACAGUCAUCAAUGGUGGAGAUUUUUGUUAAAGAAGGCAAUAAAGAUGAUUUCUUGGGGCGUGUUUGGUUUGAUUUGAAUGAAGUUCCAAGAAGAGUGCCUCCAGAUAGUCCAUUAGCACCACAAUGGUAUAGAAUGGAAGAUAAAAAAGGAGAUAAAGCUAAAAGUGGUGAAGUGAUGGUUUCAAUUUGGUUCGGUACUCAAGCUGAUGAAGCUUUUGCAGAGGCUUGGCAUUCAAAGGCAGCAAAUGUGCAUUUUGAUGGGCUUUGUUCUAUAAAAUCUAAAGUCUAUUUAUCACCUAAGUUAUGGUAUUUGAGGCUCUCUGUUAUUGAAGCACAAGAUAUUGUUCCUGGGGAUAAAGCGUCUGCGAUGAUGAAAUUUCCAGAGCUGUUCACUAAAGUUAUUGUAGGGAACCAAGUUUUGAGGACUAAGAUUGCAGGGCCUAACCCCAAUAGGAGCUUUUCCAGUCCUUAUUGGAAUGAAGAUUUGUUGUUUGUGGUUGCAGAGCCAUUUGAGGAAUAUUUGGUGAUUUCUGUUGAGGACCGGAUUGGACCAGGAAGAGAGGAGACUGUGGGAAGAAUUUUGCUUCCAAUGACUGCAAUUGAAAGGCGAAAUGAUGAGAAACAAGUGGUUUCGAGGUGGUUUAAUAUUGAUAAUCAACUUGGUAAUGCAAUUGAGUCAAAAAUUGUAACAAGAUUUGGGUCUAGAAUUCACCUUAGAAUGUCCCUUGAUGGGGGUUACCAUGUUCUUGAUGAAGCCACCAUGUAUAGCAGUGAUGUUAGACCAACUGCAAAACAGUUAUGGAAGCCUCAUAUUGGUGUACUUGAAAUGGGCAUUUUGGGUGCAUCGGGACUUUUGCCCACAAAACUCAAAGAAGGGAAAAGAGAAUCUGCAGAUGCUUAUUGUGUAGCCAAGUAUGGUUCGAAAUGGGUGAGAACUCGCACGGUAGUAGAAAGCCUAUCACCAAAAUGGAAUGAACAAUACACUUGGGAAGUGUUUGAUCCUUCCACCGUUAUCACUAUUGGAGUGUUUGAUAAUUCUCGAGUCGAUAAAAAUGGCAUGAACAAUGCCCGUGAUUCAAGAAUUGGGAAAGUUAGAAUUCGGUUAUCAACUCUUGAAACAGACAGAGUUUAUACCCACUCUUAUCCUCUUCUUAUGCUACACCCUACUGGAGUCAAGAAAACAGGUGAGCUUCAUUUAGCAGUAAGGUUUUCCUGUGCUAAUAUGGCUAAUAUGUUGCAAAUGUACACACUGCCUUUGUUACCGAAAAUGCAUUAUGUGCAACCAUUGAGUGUGAAUCAAUUGGAGGCCUUAAGAUAUCAGGCAAUGAAUGUGGUUGCAUCAAGGCUUAGCCGGGCAGAGCCACCACUAGGGCGAGAAGUGGUGGAGUACAUGCUUGAUCAUGAUUCUCAUAUGUGGAGCAUGAGAAGAAGCAAAGCUAAUUUUGCUAGACUUAUUAAUGUGCUCUCUGGUGUUGUUGCUAUAGGCAGAUGGAUCGAGUCAAUUAGCAAUUGGCAUAAACCGGUGUAUUCAACUUUGUUUCUAUUGCUGUUUCUCUUCAUGGUUGCAAUGCCCGAGCUUAUCAUCCCUGCAAUAUUGCUUUAUAUGGCAUUUGUAGGAAUGUGGAGAUAUCGAUCACGCCCACGCCACCCACCCCAUAUGGAUACGAGACUCUCUCAUGCUGAGAGUGUUUAUGCUGAUGAACUUGAUGAGGAAUUUGAUUCAUUUCCGACGAGUCGAAGUGCUGAGCUAGUAAGAAUGAGGUAUGAUAGGCUAAGGAGUGUGGCAGGGAGGAUUCAGACUGUAGUAGGUGAUAUGGCCACACAAGGUGAAAGAUUUCAAGCACUGUUAAGUUGGAGAGAUCCAAGAGCUAGUUUCUUGUUUGUGGUUAUGUGUUUGUUUGCUGCAGUUGGAUUCUAUGCUGUGCCUACUAGGGCAGUGGUGGCUUUAUGGGGGCUUUAUAUGCUCCGGCCACCGCGGUUCAGGAACAAGCUGCCAUGUAAGGCUUUGAAUUUCUUCAGGAGAUUGCCUGCAAAAGCUGAUAGCUUGUUGUAGGAUUUUAGGGAAGGAAAGAAAUGUAGGGUAUUAUUUGUAGGUGAACAUAGUUGAAGGGUUUAGGGUUUUUUUUCUGUUUGUGUUAUUGCUUAGUUAUCUUGUAAUGUGGUUAGGGAUAUUUGUAUUGAUAUUCCUUUAUCUAGUAGUCUAUUACUUACA